CCGGUGUGUUUGGGUUCGUGCUCCUCGGGGGAGGGAGAGACGGCGGCGAGGAAAGUUUGGUUUUGGUUUUUUUUUUCCCCCCCCCGGUGGUGUUUUUUUGGCGGCGCCGGCGGAGCGGGGGGGGUACGCUUUUCGCAGCUUCUUCGCCUUUUGCUUCCUGGGGUUCGUGUUUCCCGGGCGGGCGGAGCCGCCCCCGGCACUGAGAAGAACGGGGGCUCAGCGCACCGCGGCGGCGCCUCGGCGGGUUUUAUUUUUGCACUGAAUGUAGCCAGGACGGAUCCUUGUGGGCUUUGGCAGCCCUUGGAAACUGUCAAAGGCAGUAUUUUGCAUUUCUGCAGAGCUUUGCACAGAUCCUGUUCCCAUGCAAACUGAUGAGGGAGAAAUACUGGAGGAAGGCAGUCCCAAGGUCAGUGAGAUGGAACAUGAGGAUUUUGUAAUGGAGGGGCAUGGCAAGACUCCACCUCCUGGUGAAGAAAACAAACAAGAGAAGGAGCAAGAAAGGGAAGAACAGUUAAUGGAAGACAAGAAAAGGAAGAAGGAGGAUAAGAAAAAGAAGGACUCUGCUCAGAAGGUCACAGAUCAAAAAACCAAAGUGCCCGAAGUGACGAAACCAAGUUUAAGCCAACCAGUGGCUGCCAGCCCAAUUGGCAACUCUCCAUCGCCACCAGUCAAUGGUGGCAACAAUGCCAAGAGGGUGGCAGUGCCGAACGGACAACCGCCAAGCGCCGCCCGCUACAUGCCUCGGGAGGUGCCGCCGCGAUUCCGUUGCCAGCAGGACCACAAAGUGUUACUGAAACGUGGGCAGCCCCCUCCGCCAUCCUGCAUGCUCCUUGGGGGUGGAGCAGGGCCUCCCUCCCCAGCAGCACCAGGAGCAAACCCAAACAACGCACAACCAGUGACAGGAGCACUGCUGCAGAGCGACAGUGGGACUGCAACAGAUUCAGCAAUUGGAGGUGCUGCUGCUUCAAAUUAUGCAAAUUCCACUUGGGGUCCUGGAGCCUCCUCCAACAGCGGCACCAACGCCAACCCAACUCACAUCUGGGACAAGGUGAUUGUAGACGGGUCUGACAUGGAAGAGUGGCCUUGUAUUGCCAGCAAAGAUGCUGAGUCUUCUUCCGAAAACACCACCGAUAACAACAGUGCCUCGAACCCUGGCUUGGAGAAGAACGCUCUGCCAGGAAGCACCACUAGUAACAAAGGAAAAGGAAGCCAGUGCCAGUCUGGAAGCGCUGGAAACGAAUGUAAUCUUGGGGCCUGGAAAUCUGAUCCCAAGGCUAAAUCUGUUCAAUCUUCCAACCCUGCUGCCGAGAGUAACAAUGGACUAGGUAAUUGGAGGAACUCGAGUGGACAAGACAGAAUCAGUCCCGGUUCUGGUUUCAGCAACUUUAACCCAAAUAGCAACCCAUCUGCUUGGCCAGCACUGGUUCAAGAGGGCAAUUCUAGGAAAGGAACUCUGGAAUCUGAUAGUGGUAGCUCCAAUGCACAGAUUAGCACAGUAGGUCAGACCUCUAGGGAACAGCAGUCAAAGAUGGAAAAUGCGGGUGUUAACUUUGUCUCUGGCAGAGAACAGGCUCAAAUUCAUAACACUGAUGGACCAAAAAAUGGAAACACUAACUCCUUGAACUUAAGUUCACCAAACCCUAUGGAGAAUAAGGGAAUGCCCUUUGAAAUGGGCUUGGGGAACCCUUCCAGGAGCACUGACACCCCUUCUCAAAGCACUGGAGAAAGAAAGACUGGGAGUGUUGGAUCUUGGGGUACAGCUAGGGGGUCUUCUGGAACUGAAACAGUCUCUGGGCAGAGCAAUUCUGGAAACCAUGGGAACAAUGGAAAGGAUAGAGAGGACUCCUGGAAAGGAGCUUCUGUUCAAAAACCUAAUGGGUCAAGAAGUGAUUCUUGGGAUAACAAUAACCGGUCUACGGGUGGUGGGUCUUGGAACUUUGGCCCUCAGCACGCAAACGAAAGCAAAUGGGGUGAAGGGAACAAAUUAACAUCUGGGGUCUCUCAGGGAGAAUGGAAACAGCUGUCUGGGUCUGAUGAACUGAAGAUUGGAGAGUGGAGUGGUCCAAACCAACCAAAUUCUAGCACUGGAGCAUGGGACAAUCAAAAAGGCCACCCUCUUCCUGAAAACCAAGGCAAUUCCCAGGCUCCCUGUUGGGGAAGAUCUUCCAGCUCUGCAGGAAGUGAGGUUGGAGGUCAAAGCACUGGAAGCAACCACAAAGCAGGAAGUAGUGACAGUCACAAUUCUGGACGCCGAUCGUACAGGCCCACGCAUCCUGAUUGCCAGGCAGUCCUGCAGACGUUGCUGAGCAGGACUGACUUGGACCCCCGAGUGCUUUCCAACACCGGCUGGGGCCAGACUCAAAUUAAGCAAGAUACCGUGUGGGAUAUUGAAGAGAUGCCGCGACCCGAGGGGAAGUCUGAUAAAGGAACUGAGGGGUGGGAGAGCUCUGCCACACAGACAAAGAACUCAGGGGGCUGGGGCGAUGUACCCAGCCAAAGCAAUCAAAACAAGUCUGGAUGGGGUGAGCUCUCAACCCCAACGGAGUGGAAGGACCCCAAAAGUACUGGAGGAUGGAAUGACUAUAAGAACACCAAUUCUUCUAAUUGGGGAGGAGGAAGGCAAGAAGAAAAAUCAUCUUCCUCUUGGAAUGACAGCUCUAGUAAGGAUCAGGGGUGGGGUGGACGGCAGAGUAAUCAAGGAUGGUCUUCUGGAAAGAACGGUUGGGGAGAGGAAGUUGACCAAACAAAAAACAGUAACUGGGAAAGUGCAGGAAACAAGCCAGUGUCUGGUUGGGGUGAAAGUGGGCAAAGUGAGAUUGGAACUUGGGGUAAUGGUGCAAAUACAAGCUCUGCUUCAAAGGGUGGAUGGGACGAUUGUAAAAGAACUUCAACAUGGAACGAGACGGGUCGACAGCCCAACUCCUGGAACAAGCAGCAGCAACAGCACCAGCAGCAACAGCAGGAGUCUUCUGGUUCCUGGGGUCCACCGCCCCAAACUCCCAGUAACGGGCGGCCUCCAAACCCAAACUGGAACAAUGGACCACAGCCAGCUGCCCCCAAAGAGGAGGAGCCUAGUGGCUGGGAAGAACCUUCUCCACAGUCAAUCAGUCGAAAAAUGGAUAUUGAUGAUGGCACUUCAGCGUGGGGAGAUCCCAGCAGUUACAACUACAAGAAUGUGAAUCUGUGGGACAAGAACUCACAAGGAGGACAGGCCCCACGGGAGCAGAGCCUGCCUACUCCAAUGACUAGCAAAUCACAAGCAUCAGUCUGGAGCAAAAGCACUCCACCUGCUCCAGAUAAUGGUACGUCCGCCUGGGGUGAGCCAAAUGAAACCAGUCCCGGGUGGGGUGAAGUGGAUGAUCCAGGAGCAUCGACUACAGGCUGGGGGAAUGCACCUUCCACCGCCCCGAACGCCAUGAAAUCCAGUUCUAAAUCUAUGCAAGAUGGCUGGGGAGAGAGUGAUGGGCCAGUGACAGGAACACGUCAUUCCAGCUGGGAAGAGGAGGAGGAGGGAGGAGUCUGGAACACAGCAGGCUCUCAGGGAAGCAGUUCCUCCCACAACUCAACAAGCUGGGGACAAGGAGGAAAGAAAACACAAAUGAAGUGUGCAUUAAAAGGAGGAAAUAGUGAUUCAUGGAUGAACCCUUUAUCCAAACAGUUUUCAAAUAUGGGCUUGCUAAGUCAAACUGACGACAUUCCAGGCAGUAAGAUGGACUUGUCUGUAGGUGGUCUCCCAGAUAAGAAGUUUGAGGUAGAUAAACGAGCUGUGAAUCUCGGGGAUUUUAAUGACAUGAUGAGAAAGGAUCGAUCUGGGUUCCGUCCACCUAAUUCCAAAGACAUGGGAACCACAGAUAGUGGGCCUUAUUUUGAGAAGCUGACUUUGCCUUUCUCCAAUCAAGAUGGGUGCCUUGGGGAUGAGGCUCCCUGCUCUCCCUUCUCCCCUUCUCCCAGCUACAAGCUGUCUCCCUCUGGUUCCACACUAUCCAACGUCGGCCUUGGGGCAAUCGGCUCAGGGCUCAGUCCCCAAAACUUCGCUGCUAGACAAGGUGGCAAUCAUGGUUUGUUUGGAAACAGCACAGCACAAUCGAGGGGCAUGCACACACCAGUGCAGCCACUAAAUCCUUCCCCCAAUAUCCGGGCGCAAGUGCCUCCCCAAUUCCUUUCUCCCCAGGUUUCGGCCUCCAUGCUCAAACAGUUUCCCAACAGUGGCUUGAAUCCUGGUCUUUUCAAUAUGGGCCCCCAGCUUUCUCCACAACAGAUUGCCAUGCUGAGCCAGCUUCCACAGAUUCCCCAGUUUCAAUUAGCUUGUCAGCUCCUCCUUCAGCAGCAGCAGCAGCAACAGCUGUUACAGAGCCAGAGAAAGUUAUCUCAAGCUGUGCGACAACAGCAGGAGCAGCAGAUUGCUCGUAUGGUGAGUGCCCUCCAGCAGCAGCAGCAGAGGCAGCCUGGCAUGAAGCAUUCGCCAUCCCACCCCGUUGGGCCUAAGCCACAUUUAGACAGCAUGGUACCCAAUCCUUUGAAUGUGGGUCUCUCAGAUUUACAGACCAAAGGGCAGAUACCUGGAUACGGUUCAGGUGGCUUUGGCUCAAGUGGCAUGGAUUAUGGCAUGGUGGGAGGGAAAGAGGCUGGAACAGAAUCCCGCUUUAAGCAGUGGACUAUGAUGGAAGGGCUGCCCUCUGUGGCUUCACAAGAUGCCAAUAUGCACAAAAAUGGUGCAAUAGUGCCCCCUGGAAAGGCUCGUGGAGGAUCGCCCUACAACCAGUUUGACAUAAUCCAGGGCGACCCGCUCAGCAGCCACGCAGGCCCUGCUGGUGAUAGUUGGUUACCUGCCAAAUCUCCACCAACAAACAAAAUCGGAAGCAAAUCCAGCAAUGCCAGCUGGCCUCCAGAGUUCCAACCAGGAGUGCCAUGGAAAGGUAUACAAAACAUUGACCCUGAAUCUGACCCCUAUGUGACCCCUGGAAGUGUGCUGGGGGGGACAGCCACAUCUCCCAUUGUAGAUACUGACCACCAACUUCUGCGGGACAACACCACAGGGUCUAAUUCUUCCCUCAACACCUCGCUGCCUUCACCUGGUGCCUGGCCCUACAGUGCCUCUGACAAUUCCUUCACCAACGUUCAUAGCACUUCAGCAAAAUUCAGUGAUUACAAAUCAACGUGGUCCCCAGAUCCCAUAGGACACAAUCCCACUCAUCUCUCCAACAAGAUGUGGAAAAACCAUAUUUCCUCAAGGAACACUACAGGGCUGCCCCGCCCACCUCCUGGCCUGACCAACCCCAAACCAUCAUCUCCAUGGAACAGCACAGCACCCCGAUCGGUCAGGGGCUGGGGGGCACAGGACUCAAGGCUUGGCUCUGGUGAGAACAAAUCAACUGCAGCACCACUGUUCAGACCUGAGCAAUCAUCUACUUGGAGUGAUGGUGGCUCAGUUCGUCCUAGCUACUGGCUGGUUCUUCACAAUCUCACUCCACAGAUUGAUGGGUCAACCUUGAGGACGAUCUGCAUGCAGCAUGGCCCACUGCUGACAUUCCAUCUGAACCUGACCCAGGGCACCGCCCUCAUCCGAUACAACACCAAACAGGAGGCGGCCAAGGCCCAGACUGCACUGCACAUGUGUGUGUUGGGAAACACUACCAUCCUGGCUGAGUUUGCCACAGAUGAAGAGGUUAGUCGCUUUCUGGCACAAGCUCAGCCCCCUACACCUGCAGCAACCCCGAGUGCACCCGCAGCGGGCUGGCAAUCCCUGGAGACAGGACAGAACCAGACAGAUCCAGUUGGACCUGCUUUGAAUCUCUUUGGUGGGUCAACAGGGCUUGGGCAGUGGAGCAGUGGUGGCGGCGGCAGCAGCAGUGGGGGUGAUCUCACUGGCGCUUCAUUGUGGGGGCCCCCAAACUAUUCUUCAAGCUUGUGGGGGGUCCCGAGCGUAGAGGAUCCACACCGAAUGGGCAGCCCUGCUCCCUUACUACCUGGAGACCUUCUGGGAGGAGGGUCGGAUUCAAUCUGAACUUAGAACUUUCAACUCUGACCUCGUGACCUUUUUUGGAACAGCAGCAGCACUAACUUGACCUUUUUCGUUUUUUUCAACUUGCAAUAAAUACAUUUAUAAAAGGAAAAAAGAAAACGGAGAAAGAAAAAAAGGUGGGUCAUUGACAGACUGUCUGAGCACAUAGUUGCCUCCCUUAUAUAACUUCAGUUUUUUCGUUUGGAAUAUGAAUCCAAAAAGAGAACAUAUCACUCUUGAAAUACUUGAAUCGUGAACGCCAACUUAGAAAGACAAUGUGAAGCAAGUACACAUACCAUUUAAAUUUAAACAGAAAAAAUUAAAAAAAUUAGUUUCUAGUUUUUCACUUUUUCAUGUUAUACGGAAGUUGUUGCUAAGAAACAUAUAUACUGAAAAAAUAGCUUUUUAACUUUGUUUGCACUGGGUGUGUUUCCGUCCUUAGGUCUACCAUGUUGGGUUGGGGUUGGGGAGGGGUUCAAAAGAAUAAGGGGGGGAGGGAAAGACUUGACGGAGCCUCACUUUAAAAACAAAAAUAAAGACAAAAAAAACCUAGAAAAAAAAUUUAAAAAUUAAAAACCCACAAAAAAAAAAAAAAAAAAAAAAACCGAAAAAACAAACAAAACAAAAAAACCAACACUUUGUGAUUGGCUGGUUGAUAAGUACCAGUGUGUUCUGGCACAUGUAACUGCCCACGUGUGCUUGUCUCUGUGUGAGUGCGUGUGCACAUGUUUGUGUGUGUGCAUUUUUUUCUCUAUAUCUAUAAUCUUGAAACGCUGCAUUGCUGAUGGUCUACGGGCUGGCUGGCCAUCUGCAUGUCUUGAUUCUGAGAGCAAGACAGGCAUGGUGGAGUCCCUGUGGCUGAAGCGGAAUCCAGUUGGGCUGGAUUAAAAUUUGUCAAUAGGUUUUUUUAAAUUUGUUUAGCAGGGUGCUAUCUCAAAUCUGCAGAUCAUACAGAGUGGAUAGUUGCUUCCUAGCCCUUGUUCUAACCCUGUGGUAGAGCAGAACACUGCCAUAUCCAGAGGAUUUGGUGAGAGGGGAAACAAUGUUGUCUUUGAGUAAACAGUAUCUUUAUUUAUGUCUGCAUGUGGGGUUUUUGUGCUGAAUGAACCCUAGAGUGUUUGUUAUGUAAUGCAAGCCAUUUAUUUCUUCCGACAAGGGGAAAAGAGGAGGAAAGAAGACAUUGCCAUUUUUUGUGCAUAUAGACAAAUGUUCUUUUUCAGUCUCUUGCAAGCUUCACUACCUUUUAAAAAAGAGUGUUUCUUUUCUUCCCCAAACUUAAAUAAGCACCUGUACUCAUUCUGGAGGAAUCCAUCAAAAGCUUGAAAAUCCAGCCCAACCAAAUUAGCCGUUUAGUUGAUUUACUGCUUCUGUUAAAACUGACAAAAAGCUAAAUGGUGUCAGCAAAGUGCCAGCCAGCCUGCCUCAUCUCCUGAAAGCACAUGCAGCCAACUCCUUCCUGCGUCCUUCAUGGUGAGCGUUACCUGUGCCAGGCCUUGGUGUCAUUACAGCGCCAGACCAUCACUGACAGAAACGUUUACUUACGAAUGUUCUUAAACCAGUGUGUACUUCAAAGGUUUCCUUUUGUUUCUCUGUGUUGUGUUUUUUCCUGUGUACGUGGUUUUGCUUAGGGAGGUAUAUAACUAGCAAAGACUUUUUUUUUAAAAGAAGUAUUGCACCUUUUUGUUUUUUGUUUUUACUUUUUUCUGUACUGUUGCUUUUUAAUUUCUGUAUUUAAGGAAAGGUUUGGGGUUUUUUUAGCAUCAGUGUAGUAAUACUCUGGGCAGGAUAGGGGUGACCUAUAAUCCACAGUGAUAGCCAGUGUGUGCGUGCAUGUGUGCGCUGGGAACAAAACUUUUAAGACCUGUUGUUGAGAAAAGAGUUGUAGCAGACUUGAAGGAACAUCCCCUGACACAAAGCAAAAAGCUUUUUGUGGGGAUGGGGCCGGGGGAAGAGGGAAGAGAGAUGCCGGUACUUUUUCCAUAAGUGCUAGGACUUCCAUGCAGCAUUGUCCAGCUGUUACACUGUCUGACAAAGUGCCGACCUUCUGUACCAGCACAUACCUGUCCAUUCCAGCCCUCAGAGGGAGCAGUGCUUUAUCACCUGGCCGAGGGGGGCAGAUAGGGGGUCUGUUUCUUCAGCCUUUUCAUUGAAGGAUGUAACCAUGUCUAAUGCAUUUAACUCAUGGGUUUGGUGGGCAGAAGCAAAACCAGAUGCAGGUCAUGGGGGGAGGUUGGUGCGCGCGCGUGUGUGUGUGUGUGUAUGCCUGUGUGCUGGGGGUGGGAGGGAAGGGCUAGGGAAUUACAUGGCUGUUUAAUUUUAUUUGCCCUUUCUAUGUAAACCCCAAUGUCACAAUGAAGACUGACUGAGGGAAAUGCUGCAUAUACACAUGCCUGUAGAUUUGUAUGCAAAGCGUUACGUGAUAAAAAAGUAUGAGUAGGUUUGUAUUUGUUUAGUAAACUGGAGUAUGCAGCAUACUCUAGCCCCUUUGGAAAAUACUUUCCUAUCAUGUCUCCUCCAUCUAUCCCACCAUGCACAAAGAAACAAAAUGCUCUCUUUCAGUUCCUGCUAGCUGGCUAGUAACCCUUGUGUUCAGGCAUCUGUACAGCUUUGUUUCUGCUCAAAGACCAAGCACGCUCGGACACGCAGAGCAGGUUCUUAAAAGUCCCAUGCCAGCAGUACUUCCUAGUGAAGCACCUUUGGCCUGAGCAAGCCAGUAUCUGUUCUGUCACAUGGUCUGCUAUACAUGCUGGUUCAUUGCUGUGUUCCACCCUCACUUCUCUCUCCCAACCUGCCCUAAGGUCCCUUUUCCUGCACUUUGGGCUAGUUGACUUCAUUGCGAUACUACGGUGAAAGCCGGGUGCUAGAGCCCCUCUUGUUUACAAGACAUAAUGAGGGAUUUGAAAUAUUUAAAAAGAAAAGCUAAAUUGUUCUUCCAUUGUAAGCUUAAAGGGAAAAAAUUAAAAUGUACAAAAAAAAAAAAAAAAGACCAAAAAGUGCAUAUAUAUAUUUUAGAUGAAGACUAACUCUGGGAGCAUUUAACAGUGUUUUUGUUUUUAUUUUAACAUUUUAUUUUCCUGCUUUAAAUUUGCAAGCAUUCUCAGGAAUUCUAGGGUAGGAAGCCAGUUUUUUGAAGAUGGUUUAUUUAACCUUAUCCUAGAUAGAUGGCUGUUUCUUGUUGAUAAACUUUUACAAGUUCCUGAAUCUUCAAAAUGUUUGAAAGUUUUUACUUUAAAAUAAAAAUGCUAAAAAAAAAAUAAAAAGAAAAAGAAAAAAAGAAAAAAUCUCCAAAUGUUACUGUCAAGCGAGGGAUCAAGAAUUUUAAAGACUUUCUAAAUUAAGAUACAUUAAGAAAGCUUCUCAAUAUCAGCAACAGGAAUUCAUUGCAAUCUUAAACAAUUUGUGGGAGAAGGGUUAUCAUUUAUUGUGCUUUGUUACUCAUGCAGACGUGUGCAGUUGCAUGGAGAAGAGAAGUGUGUGAAUGGAAACCUACUAUCCCCUCUCGAUUGAAAACUAAAUAAAAAUAUUCUUCCAAGCACCUUUUUGAAGCAGAGUGAAAGUAUAAACCUUAUUAAAAUGCAGUAGAGUUUAACUGAAAGAAUCCUCGGUUAGGACGACUAGCAGGAAAUACACAAUGGUGCUUCUUUGAACCACUUCUGAGCAGUGCUAAAGUAAACCAGUGCUGACGGAUUACUCAGUAAUGAAGUAGUUCUAUUAACCUGCCUUUUUCAGUACAGAAAAAAAAGAAUAUGGAAAAACUCCACAAAAAUGUACAUUGGAAAUCAACUUCCCUGUUUUCAGCUACUCGGUCAGUUUAUUCCCCACUUGGAGAUUUGCUGCUUGCUUUUCUUCACCCACCCCACCUCCCAGUCUUUGUUUCUUAUGAGGGAAAUAGCUGUUAAACUCCUCUGUUCACCCUGUUGCUGCUGGCUGUCAGGGCUUACAGUCUUGAACUUAAAAGUUCGGUGUUGGGAUGGCCAACUUCUGCCUCCCAGCUCUAGGGGUCAGGGGCUUACUCGGCCUGAAACGGCUCGGCUCAAACCACAAAAACCGCGCUAGUGCCUUGUUACAUGCACCCACAUGCCCUACAGUAGGGGAGGGGAGGGAAGACGAGGCAAGGUGAGGCAGUGUAGCCACUUCAUGGAAAUAGAUGUGCCCAUUCUUAAGGGAAGAAGAGCAUGCCCGUGUGAGCAAGUCGUGCAAUGAGUUACUUAAUAGUAGUUAAGUUGUUGUUGUUAUUAUUGUUAAUAAAAGAAAUCAGAUGCCAAAUUCUGUCUUUCUCAUAGCAGCUGCCCAGUGUUUUCAUGUUGUGCUGCGUGUGCAUGUGAGUCUAUUGAAAAUAAUGCAUCAGUAGUAAUAAUAAUGUGCUUCAAAAAUCCUGUUGUGGGCCAGUAGAAGGAGGGUUUACUUAGAAAGUUUAGGAUUCUAUUUUAUUUUAUUUUAUUUUAUUGGUUUUUUUAAUGAGAGAAUUUGAGUGCUUUGCCAGAAGCUGUGUUUUAUCAAAUCAGCAGUGUCCUAAAAGAGAGGAAACCAUAGCAUUUAGUCAAAAAGGCUGACAGACUUGACAUUCACUUGGAAGUGGAUUGUGACUGACUGCUGAAGGGUUGACAGUCAGUAAGUUUCAGCAGUCUGCUGGGUCCAAACCUAUUGUAGUACAGCAGUCUGCUCCUCAUUUCCUGAAUGUGCAUCCUGUAAGUGUUAGUGACUGUCUCCUCAGUGACAGUUUCCCUACAUUGUCAAAGUAACAUUAAUCUAUAUUCCAGCUACAGUUGACAGAUCUGUGUGGCUUAGUCAGGGCGCUCUCAACCAUUGCAGGUGGUGUCUGAGAAUUGUGCUAACCAGACUCAACUGCUGGGGACACCCGUUGCUUAAUGUUGUAAAAAUUCUGCUGCCAUUUGAGCUCCUAAUAGUGAAAAGUCAGCAGGAGUUGAUGUUAGGGUAUUUCUGGGCUUUUACAAAACUGUUCCCAGGACGGAGUCAUUGGCAGCAUCUUGUUUAAGCAUGUUGGCAAGGUAGGGAGAAGAGGCUGGGGAAAGCACAGCUUGGAAUAGACUAAGGGCAUCUCUUUCCAGAUAAAAAUCCUGCCACUUUGCUUACCCUACCUUGCGGUGUCUAUCAAGCUGGGAGCUUUUAAUCUGGUAAUUCUUUGCUCUAAUUGAGGAUUUUGUCUUAGCAGUGACAACAGAGUCUAGUAAGCAAAACGAAGUGUGGUACAGCUCAGAAACCUGUGUUUAGACUUCUGACAUUUGCUUUGGAAUACUUGCCAUCUUUUUCCAGUGUUUUUACAUUUCUACCUGGACAUUUGCCUAGCAGUCUUGAGAGUGGGGUUUUUGUUGGUUUGGGGUUUUUUUACAAUCAUAAGGUGUCAGGUUUUUCUUACAUAUUUUUUUUUUAAUUGUGCUUCACAUUAAGUGGCUUUUGUAAUGAGUAAGAAUGUUAAGCCAAGUAUGUUUUUGCCUCUGCAAUAUAAACAGGUUGUUUUCAAAAAACUGGGUGGGAUAACCAUCUCAAAAAUUAAAUAACAAUUAAAAGUUUAUAUUAAGUUGGCCUCUUUUUCUUUUUUACCAUGAAAUUUCUAAGCAUUUAUUCCUUAGAACUUUUGCCCUAUUUUUUUCUUUUUAAAAAUGCUGCCACAUCUUCCACUGUGUCCUAUAGUGCAUCCAAAUAGUACUGUAGUUUUUUGGGGGGAAAUUUUGGUUAGGUUGCGUUUUUUGCUUCAUUAUGAAGAUGUAGCUCUUAAGUUUCUUAUUUUGUUUGUGCAUAUUGUUUUCCUGUUGACUUUUAAGAGGAGCACUGUUUGUAUAUCUGAGGUACCCAAAUUUGAAAAGCCUGGUCAAUGAAAUUAGCUGGAUCAGGGUUAACAUAGCAGAUGAGGACCUGUUGUGUUUCCAGUGUGUGUUGCAUAUAAUGCCUUCACUGUAAAUCAUGUGACCUUAGUGUCUAGGUUCUCAAAUGGAUUGAAAUGCAGGUUUUGUGGAGGCUGGCUAACAUCUCAGGGUAAUAGUCCUGAUUGAGUAGAAGGUAGGGGUUUUUUUCUAAAGAUGUAAAUUUCCCUUAACAGAAGCAGCUUUCUUAAUUGUAAAUAUGCAUGCAUGGUUUAUGGGCAGGAAAGUAAUACCAAGACAACUACAUUGAAAUUAAUUAAAAAAAAAAAUAAACAAAUGCUGUUGAUGUGCAACUUUGAUUCUGAAUCUGAAGCAGCAUACACAGAAUCCGUUGGUUUGUCUAAACUUAUUUUGCACACAAUGUCAUUUCAGUUCUGUUGUUUAUUUGCCACUGCUUUGCAGUUUUAGGAACUGAUACUGUUAGAUCAUAUGGUCAUUCCCACUGUGAUCAAAACACAGAUAUCUAAAACACAAACUUUCUUCCCCUUUAUCUCCAGUACUAGACUUCCACCUGUGGCAGAAGGAUGGUAACAGUAGUGGGGAGAAAUAUGUGAAGUUUCCCAGUGUAGACAGAGUUGGUACUCCCUGUUGUCCUGAAUUCACAUCCAAACCUAAACCACAAAGCAACUGUUAGGCUGUAGUAGACCUGUUGGUUGGACUAAAUGACAGGAGCCAUACUGGAGAUUUUUAGCAGCCGUGCCUAGUCCGUGUCCUUCACAACAUUCUGCAUAAGUGUCCCAUCACUGUAAAUACCAGUGUUGCUGAAUUUUACCAAAGUUCCCUUGCAGUAGAUAUUAGGAAACAGGUCCAUUUUGUGGUGACUCACCAAGCAGAGCUUUGCCUACAGUAGACUUUAAGGGUCUGUCUACAUUGCUGUCAAAAUUGAGUCAGGGUCCUGUUUAAAAUUAUAGUGCUCUAUUUUGUGGUGUUACGUGACCUUAAACUUUGUGAUGUAGUAACUGUAGCUGCUGUGUAUGAAAAGUGAUUUAAGGUUUCAUCUGUGCUACAAAAAGCGCCACAGCUCCUGGUGGGUUGGAGCCUACUUUUAAAACUUGUCAGGCCACAAUAAAUGCAGUUUCAUCUGUAGCGCGCAGCGGACAACAUCUGUUUGCAUCAACAGUUUGCCUGCGCGUUGCUUUUCAUCAAGCUAUGCAGGAAAGCUUUUCUCUAGAAGUCUCCCAGAGUCCUAGCAAGCUUCUAGCAAAUCAAGUGCCCUCUGCAAAAGAGCCAUUUUUGCCCUGUUUGUGUGAUAGUUGGACUGGUGACAUUCAGCAGUGUUAGGGUUCCUGUAAACUUUGUAAUGAGAAAGGGAGUUUUUUGACUUCAUUCUGACAGCCUUUCUGUAAAGUAAUAGAGAGCACUCCAGGGAAAAAGAACAAAAAAAAGGGAAGAAUGCACUGUGCCAGCCAGCGUUAAGUAUUGAAGUAUUUUAGCAGCAAACAUUCUUGACUGUGAUGGGCAGAGGGGAAGAGACUGGAGUGCGCAGUACAAGGAGGCCGUGUUCGGCGAGCAAUGUUUCCUUGAGCACUAAAUGCCUCUUUUUGGCUGUUAGUGUGUGUUGUUACCUUCACAGAACUAACUUCCUCAUUUUUUAAUGUUUGUUUUUAUUAAUUGAGAAAAGGUGGAAGCUCCUCCUGUUUCAGAUGAAACACAACCAACCAUAAGUGAUCAUUUUCUUCAUCAAUUUUUGUUGAGGUUGCACAGCUUGUUAGGAUAGCUAUUUUAGUGACAUGGUUAUGAUAUUAUGUGCUUUCUUCCCCCUCCCUCUCCCUGCCAGAUCUGGCUUACCCUUUCUAUAUAAGGCGCUGUGUGGGUUUUUUUGUUUUGUUUUGGGGACAUGUGGAAAAGAAGCAAAAUGAAGUGAAAAUGCAAGCCAAGGUAGAACAGCCUUACUUUAGGGGGUAGCCUUACAACAGAGCUUUAUAGUGAGUGUGCUGUAUUCCAAAAUAUGUAAGCCAAAAACAAACAAAAAAAGCAUUCAUUUAUGCAAAAAAAUUUAAAAGAGGUGUUUGAAGACUUCUUUAAUAUGUACCUUCUAAAGGUGGAGUAAGGUCUCACCAAGUGAUAGGUUAUUGUGAUACUUCUUGCUGGGUCAGUAGGAAUGGGUCGGGGUAUAAGCGCUUAACGUUUCCUCCUAUGUUUUUACAAGCAGUAAGUUAAAUGUGGUAUUUAUGAAUGUGCCUUUGUGAGUAUAGUGACUGUCUAAUUGAGGAGACCGCUUGGGCUGGAGGGGAGACAAGGGUCAAUUUAUUCUUUCAAGAGGUCAGACAUUGAGAUUGCAGCCCACUGGUCCCUUUUGACAAGCAGCAUCAUUGGCUGGUCUCUACACUGCACAAUACGUAUUCAUAUGUGGUAGAGAUUGGGGGGGUGUGAAGGGAUGUCAUGUGAUGCACACAGAAGCUGUUGAUAGUUUUAGGCUAGUCUGCGUUGCAGGUUGAGUUUGUAUAUGUAUUAUGUGGCUUCUCUUUAUGUUUGUGUGCAUGAGUGUGAAUGUGUGUGGCUUUGUUUUUUUGUAAGCACUGGAGAAUUUGAACACAGUGAUGUUUGAGACAAAUUUAUACAUGUAGAGAAGAUGAUGUUUUGUAGCUUCUGUUAAAUAGUGGGUGCAGGCACACUUUUACCCUCUCUGCCCGUGUCCUGAUAAGUGAAACAGGAAUUUUUUUUCAACCCUUCAACUUCCAGCACACUUAACGUUGCCAUUUAAAUGAACAGGGUAUUACACAAGAAGAAAAAAAAGAAGUUUUUGAAAUGGUAAGGUAGAAGUGUUUAAAAGGAAAAAAAUCUGAAGUAAUUUUUUGUUUCUUCAAAGCUGUUUGUAGCUAAACAUGGGAAUCUGCAGUGUCUCCUUCCAUUUGUUUUUUUUUCCUAAUAAUUCACCUCUUCGUCCCACCCAAAACAUGAGGUGUACAAGAUCAAGAGCUGUUGUUGUAGCGCUUUGUAAUUCCCACCCUGAAAAGAAACUCCAGUGGGAUCCCUCAGCUCUAUUCAGGAAGACAAAGAGAGGAGAGACUCUGCAGUUUUCUUUGCUUCGCUCUCAUUCCUCUCUAAUGGCCUUGAAAUGUAUUAUUAUGCAAAUGUGAAUUUUGAUACUGAACUUAAGAAGAGGUUGUUUGUUCUUUUUUCAAAAAAAAAAAAAGGUCCCAUAUGUGGUCAGCAUUGCUUCUUUAUUUUGUAAGUGAAUUGUAAACUAUGCAUUCUGCAAAGGGGGUGCAGGGGACAAAGAUACUUUGCUAAACUGUUCAGGAGUUUCUGUGUCCAUGGCAUAUCCAUUAUAGUUUGGGGAAGUGGGGAAGUGAUAACUUUGAAUUAAGAAGGAAUUGAUAACAACCUUUUUUUUUGUCAGAGGCUGGCCAAUUGCUAACUGGGCAGAGAUUUGAAUAACCAAUUUUGGCUGCAAAACAAAAUCAGCUCUCAGCCUUGCACAGGGUGAAUUCAGCCGCACAGUGUUAACCCAGGGCCUAAAGGGUGAAUGGGACACCAGGUCUACCUGGGGAAUAUCUACCACCUCCUGUGCUCUGGCCCUUGUUAAGCUCAGGAAACCCACUGCCACAGGCACUGGGUUUUUUUUUGAUUUACUACUCGUUUUCCAUUUCAGCAGUCCUUGUGCUCUUCCAGGAGAGUUGGAAUAUGGCUAGUCCUUGGUAUCCACACUUCCUUAUCCCUAACAUUUUCUUUGCUGCUGUUUCUGGUACUCUUCAUACAGUGACAGAGCAGCUGUGGGCAGGAUGGUGGAGACAAUACUUUCUUUCUAGUGCUGAUCAAAGCCCAGCUAUGAGGACUGUGUAUUUUCCAUGGCAGCAGCUACUGGUGUUUUGUUGUCUGGCGUUGCUGCCAGUGACUUAGUGCUAAUGGUGACAGUAUGUGAAAUUUUAGGGAAAGUAGACUGAUAUGUUCCCUCUAUUUGAAAGGAAAUAUCCUGGUUUUAUUAUAAGGUAGUAUCAUAAUGGUCAUUAAAAAGGAUUUACUUCCUCACAUCUCCAAAAUGUAAUCAUUGUGAAUUAUGUGCAUUCCUUGAAGCUUGCUGAGCUUCCAGGAAGAGUCUCCUCAGAAAAAAAUAUAGAUCUCACUGCUCUCUCCAUCAUUAUAAUAGGGACCUUUUGACUUGACUUUUUCCUUUAUCCAUGGUGAACCAUGGUGAACCAUGGUACUGGCAUUAUCUUAGGUGUAAUAUCAUAGACUGAGAUAUUAUCCUGCCUGUAUUCAGUGUUUUCAUGCAGCAAUUUUAUUUUUGUUGACAUUCACAGUACUGUAAUAAGUAAUAGACUUGAUGAUCACUCUCGCAUCUGUACCUGCCUUGCAGAUGUGAUCUUAUCAGGGUUCCACUCUGUCAGAAUGCCUUUUAAAAAAAAGAAAACAAAAAAAAUCAGAAGCUUAAACUCAUUCACAAAAAUACCUCGUGGUACAUUUUCCCUUUUGAUGUAACUUUUUAAAUCUUCGUUUUUCUUCUGAACUUGAUGGGCUUUUAUUUCAAUCCAUUAUCUCCUUUGUAAAAAGAUGUUUGAACUAGUGGUUUUGAGCACAGGUUUGGGAAGCCUGAAACUCCUGAAUUUUAACAUUGGCCAUUACUCUUUCCUUGCCUUGGGCAAGUCAUUUAACUACUUUGCCUUUGUUUUUUCUGUAAAGCGGGGUUGUUAAUAAUACUUACCUACCUCACAGGGGUUUUGUGAGGAUCAACUAGUAAUGUUUAUCAAGUGCUUUAAAGAAAAAAGCAUGAUAGAAGUAUUAUGAGGUUUUCACAGCAAGAUCGCUAGUUCUUUUUACAUUGUUUGCUUGUGUGGAGGGAGAUAACCUUUUUGAUUUUUUUAAUUACUCAAUCCAUUAGACACUCAGAUCCUAAAUGAUAGAAGUUGAUAGAGAUUCAGUUACUCAUACUCUUCAGUCUUUAUACUUCUUUCCAUCUUCUCUUCUUUAUAUAGUUAUGCCAGUGUUGCUACAGGUCACAUGUCUCCAGUACUUUUGGGUAAGCUUCAACAUUGAAGUACUUUGAGCUUGCUGCUUCUUUCACCAGACCACCAAAUCAGAAAAAGUUUGUGUACUUCUCCCUGCCAUUAAAUGGCAGUUUUGGUAGUGUCAUCUUUGAAGUAGACACAUCUUUUCCUGCCAUCAGGAAUGGGAGGUGGUGGUGUGUAGUUCCAGAGUGGGGACUGUAAGAUGAAGAACCUGGCCACUUUAUGCUGCUGCUCCAGGGAUGAAGGGCAGAGUAGCUUCCUAUGUCCUUCCCCGAGUUAAUUUCAGUGUGUUACCAGUCACACUUCAAAUGCAGUGUCUCUUCUUCUUGUCCACAACAUACAGAAGCCAUCACCUGCCAAUAGAACGUAGGAACAGAGUGAAUGAUAGUAGAUGCUGCUUGUGUAUAUGCCUUACAACUCUCCCAAAAUGUCUCUGGGAGGGUGGUGGGGGAUGAGGUCUUCAUUGGGUAAAUCUCACAGCUGUCAGGGAACCUCUGCUACUUUCUCCCCUCUCAAUCACUUGGUCCCUGUUUCUUCUUUCUGGAUGUGCGUCUCAGGGAUGUGCAUAUGAGCCCAUGCCUCUUGGAAUUUGGCGUUUGAAAUAUCAAGAACCUGAAACCCUUCUGUCUGACACUCCCUGGUCCUCUCUGUCCUGCCUUGCUCCCCAUGGCCUUAGGAACAUCUCUCUACUGUUGCCCUACGCCACCCUCUCCAUCUCUGCCAGUAAUCAAAGUGAAGUGUGUACAGUGAUUCUGCAGAGAAAGAAGCUGAAGUGAUGCAAGUGCACUGUGGCAUUUACACGCAGAGGUAUCUUGUUUUUCUGCCACAUCUGCUCUAAAGCCUGCAGAACACCUGAUGCAUAAUGCUUUUUCUUUCUCAUCUAGAAAGCAGAACAAACAGCAGUAUAAAUCUGAUUAUGGUAAUUCUGUAAUGUUUACUUUGAACUAAAUGCUAAGUAUUGUCCUCAAAGAACCAAAAAAACACCCACCUUCUAACAAAAAUAACCAAAUGUAAUCUUCCUGGGUGCGGAAGAGGAAAGGGGAGGAGGAAAAGCAGUGACAGGGGAGCGUUCUGAUCUAUUUUCAUCUCCACUGCUCGGCUGGAGGUGUGAAAUGCUGCUUUGAGUUCCACAAACAUAAGGGAUUAUGUUUACAAAGGUAAAUGCCUUCUACCUGUUCAGGAAACUGGCUACUGGUGGGCAUCGGGAGUUGGGCAAGUUUCUCUUCAUUGCAAACAAGUAAUAGGAGAAAGGUGUGUCCAGAAGAGGAAUGGAGAAACAGAUUCAUUUCAUCUAGUCUUGGUAAAAUAAUGCCCCCUUUUUCUCUCCUUAUGGAAUGGAGGGAUGAGGUGGCUGAAUAGAAAAUCAUUGGUGUCCAAUAUGGCUGGAUUAGAAAAGGCAGCUUUUCUACUUUGCACAUAAAUAGGUAACAGGAAGGUACAGCUAAAGUCCUCUUGCCUGAAACACUGUCCCCCAGAAGCAGACAUUGUAAUAAUAAAAUAGUGGCUGUGUAUAUUGAUGCUAUUUGCAAGUUACCUGUAAGUGUUUAUUUUUUUUCUUAUACUUGAAAUGGCUUCCUUUACUAAACUCUUACCUAGUUCUGGUUUCUCCCCUCUUUCUAUAGUGUGCAGUAAGGAAAAUUACAGGACAAAUGGGGAGAAUGUAGAGGAGAUGACGCAAUGACUUGCAUAUCCAGGUUUCAUCUUAAUUUCCAUCCCAUGUUCUCAGAAAUGUUUGAACUUCCGAAGGGUUUUCCAUGGACACAGAAACUCAGCACUUUAGAAGGUGCUCUUGUAAGGCUGGCUGCCCCCUUUUCCUCCUUUUCUAUAUUUUUAUUUUACUUUUAGUAUAGUGGUACUUAAGAUCACUGGUUCACUUAAAAAGAAAAAAAAACCAAUAAAAUGUUUAAACUCUACUAAUGUACAAAUAAGCUGAAAUGUUGCAUUUUAUGUGUAUUUUUGCCAUAGCAGGUACUGUAUUUCUCAUGCUGGAUUUAGAAAAAAAAAAAAAAGGAAAAAAAAGAAAAAAAACAAACAAAAGGGUGACGUUUUAUUGGAGUGUGACAAGUUAAGAGUAAUAAAGAAUUAAGUCGUCGUCAUUUCAUUGAAACUGAGAGAUGGUGUAAUACUUAUAUAUAAGUUUUCUGAAGGUUUUUUUUUGGGCUUUUAAACAGCUUUUUUGGUUUUUUGUUUUCUUUGUUUUGGUUUUCUUUUUGGUUUGUUUUUUUUUUUGUUUGUUUGUUUUUUUGAAAGAUAUGAUUGUAUUAUGUGCAACUCAGUUGCUUACAUUAUAACUACAAACUAUUUUUGGGUUCCUGGAAAAAAAGAAAAAAAAAUACUAAUAAAUGUGUUUGGCUGCUAAGCAUUUAAA